UCGUAAGCAAAAGUAUUGCAGGAAGAUCGUUUAACGUCAAACCCACAUCAAGUUUGGAGAGAAGUCCGAUCGAAAUCAUGGCCAACAACAACCCAUGGCUUUACGCAGGCCUUUCCUCCUCAUUCCCAAAUAUCGAAAAAGCAGACAACAACAAAACAAGGAUAUGCCUGCCAACGCCAGAUCCAUGGGACUCUCCAAAAGAAACACCACCUCAAUCUUGCAAAACGUUCAUGAAACCUUCAUCACCGUCAACAACAACAUCACUAGAUGAAACACCGAUCUCAGAAGCUCAACAAAACUCAAUCAUGGUCUUCAGAUACAAAGAGAGAAUCUAUGCGAUCGAACAGGCUUGUCCGCAUCAAGCUUAUCCAUUGACUAGGGCUUCAUUGUCAGAUAUCGAGGAUUUUGGCAUUGUGUUGUCGGUGGGGAUUACGUGUCCGAAGCAUGGGUGGACGUUUGAUUUGCAUACAGGAGAGGCGGAUGUGAGUCGGUAUAAGCUGGGACUCUAUGAGGUAGAGAUGAGAGAUGGUGAAAAUGAUGAUGAGCAAGUUUGGGUCAGGAAGAAGGAGAGAAAGCGGAUUGGUUGAGGAGGGAGGCUAACGCGAAAGGUUAUGCGUGUUGAUAUGGCAACUGCAAAGCAGAUUGGUAUUGUUCAUCAUCUGGAUCACUAUUCCAGAUACUCGACUGUUCUCUGCCUUGGUCUCUAUUGAUCCCGAUGCCUUCCGCCUGAGUUACCGAACCAUGAGUCGCAAAGAUACUGUAAUUAUCGGUUUACGCAUGACUUUCUGGGAACUGUGCUGCAUGAAUCACAAGGGGCAUCAUCGCGGACCUUCCAGCAAGUUCCCACUUGAAUCCGUUUGGCACCGACCGAGGACAGGAUCUCGUCGCAGCCUGGGUGUCAGUUUCUACGGCACCAGUGUUGAUCAGCUUUGUCUAUGGCGAGGAAGAGAGAAGCACAACAG